AUGAAAGGAUCGACGAGAAAGGCGCUGAUCGGAGUCGGUGUCGCCGUCACAAUCAUUCUCAUUCUUCUCAUAAUUACAUUCAUUGUCAUUUACGUUCAUUUGGUUAUGGAGCGGAAUGCGGAGCACGGACAGUUGAAGCAUUGUGUGCCCGUUAGUUUGACGCAAAGUUAAUUGACAGAGAUUGACUAUGAGAUUUCAGAUGAUUGAAUCGGUGACCAGACUUGAAAAUGAUCUAAAUGUGACCCAGAGGUUCUUGAGGACACCCAGUGCGUACAGGCAAUUAGCUGAAAAGUGUGAAGAAGCAAUUGUAAGUAAGUCUAUUCAAGUUUCCCAAAAGUUUUGAUGUUUCAGAAGUGUGUCACUGUUAUGGAUUCUCCGAUCUCCGCCGAUGUUCUCCAUUCGUUCAGUCCUUGCCACUUUUACAUUUACUACAAUCGUGACUUCUCCGCAUGCGCUGAUCUGCUGAUUGCGAAGAAAGACGACGGAAUCGCCUGCCUGAACACUCUGUUCAAUGAUAUUUAUGAAGUGAGAGCCACCUAACUUUUAAUCUGAAAUCUCCUUGACUUGCAGCCGGAUGUGGACGAGUGUGAACAGUGGGACAGUCUCCAGGAGUGCAUAAAAACACAGAUCGAAAACACUUGUAGCGGCGGAAUAAAAGCGGGCUACGAGAAGGUGAUUCCUCUGCGAAUCCAUCAUCUUCCGACAGUUCUCACAGUCUUUUUCUUUUCAGGAGGCCGCCAAUCUGCGACCGUCCAUCUGCGGAGACACCUAA